AAACAAGCUACAAUAUUAGUACACUCUAUGAUUUUUCACUAUGUUCGUCGUGCAACAUACUAAAAUACUCUUAUUAGUUUUAUUACAUUUACCAGCUUGCAACAAAAUAAAUAAUUAUGAAUUUAAAAGUAUUUUUGAAAGCAUUCAUUACUUUCGUUUUCGUUAUACAACAUGUAUUUAGUGCAAUUGAGAAAUGCCGAAAAAACAAUUGUUUCCCACCCGAUUGCCGUUGUUCUACUGCACAACCACCUGGAAAUUUCCCUUUAGAGGAGGUUCCCCAAUUCGUGUAUUUAACUUUUGAUGAUGCUGUACAUGAAGAAAACAUAGAAUUCAUAAAUAAAAUUUUUAAUGAAUCAAAUUACGGUUUUAUUGGAUGCCCUGCCGUUGGAACGUUUUUUGUUUCUCAUGAAUACACUGAUUACUCAAUCAUAAACAAACUUUACAGUGAAGGACAUGAAAUUGCACUACAUUCCAUAACACACAGUCAUUUUGGAAAUUCUGAUCUAAAUGAGAUGAUCGCUGAGUUUGUUGGCCAACGUAAAAUUGUAUCACAAUUCGCGGAUAUUCCAGAAUCCGAAAUGGUUGGAAUACGAAUGCCGUUUUUACAGCUCGCUGGAGAUCACCAAUAUGAAAUGUUGUCAAAAUAUGGGUUUGAAUAUGAUUUCUCACGUACACAAUGGAACUCUAAGCGUAUGUGGCCGUAUACUCUUGACUAUGAAACCACUCAAGAUUGUUUCUUAGGACCAUGCCAUAAAAAAAGCUAUCCCGGUCUUUGGCAAAUUCCACUUAUCGUGUGGAGAGAUAAAUCUGGGUCACCUUGUGCCAUGGCUGAUGGGUGUCAAAAUAUACCGAAUGAUGUUGACGGGUUGUUUGAAUUUUUCAAAGAUAAUUUUAAUCGUUUAUAUUUAAGUGGAGCAAAAGCUCCAUUUGGAUUUUGCAUUCAUGCAGCAUGGUUUAAAGCGGAAGAACCACCUCAAGCCGGACAACAUAGAUUAGCAGCAUACAUAAAAUUUGUUCGUUACCUACAGACAUUAGAUGAUGUGUUUAUUGUCAGUUCUAGCGAAGUCAUAGAUUGGAUAAAGUAUCCUAUUCCCGUUUCUCUCAUGAAAAAACAGACUAAAAAUUGUAGACCAAUUACUGUACCUUGUAAACCAAAACAGUGCAACGUGUGCAAAGGCCGCGAAGCCCGAUGGUUUGUGUCGUGUCAACAACAGUGUCCUAAAUCGUAUCCGUGGUUAGAUAAUUUUGAUGGAAACAACGAUUGUAAAUAA